UCAAAGGGGAAACUAUGAACAUAUUAAUGAAAGUAUUUAAUAAAGUGCAUACAGUGUUGUUUACAUGGGAUGUUUUACUGAAGUAGAGCUCAUGGAGGAAACCAAUCAAUAUCCAGUGUGUUGACACACCCACAAUGGCACUGGUUAUGAAUUCUGGGAUCAUCCCUUUUGCCAUUUGGCUGCCGAUUUAAAUGAAUCCUCUUGACCUUGAAAGUCAGCUAGAUGCUUCAGGAUAAUUCUUUUAGGUCUUGCUGAAAAAUCCAAUAGAGUUUACAAAUCAACUAGUUGGUUUAAGUCUCACUAUGGAAUAAACAUGUAUGAUCAAUGCUCUUGGAUUGGGUUUAAUUUAAAAGACACAGAUUAUCACGAAUCAAGUACAGAUACUUUAAUAAAGAAGAGAUGUGCUGAGCUUUAGCGACCAAUUGUCAGGAUUAUCAGCCAACAGUAUGGAGUCGGAAUUGAUAGAAGACUGUAAAAAAGCUCCGUUGAGCUUUGAAAACCCUGGCUAUGAGAAAUCGUUACUAUUUGGACUCUGUAAGCUACGCAAGGAAAAGCAGCUGUGCGAUGCUCUUAUGGUGGUAGGGGCCCACGAGUACCCUGUCCAUAGGGCUGUACUAGCCUCAGCCAGUCCCUUUUUCCUCCACAUGUUUGAGAAGAAAGAAAAAGAGAAGAGCUUUGUUCUGAAAAAUGUGGAUGAUCAUCACAGUUUUGAGUAUUUACUAGACUACGCUUAUACAGGAAGGCUUGAGGUCCCAGAGGAGCAUGUUAAACCUGUUUAUAGAAUGGCCACACUCCUGAAACUCAGCGAUGCCGCAAAUGCAUGUUGCAGUUUCCUGACAGCAAGCCUGACCAGUGAUAACUGCUUAGGUAUAAGGAUGUUUGCUGAAGAUGAGGUGCUUAGGCAAACGAUUGAUAACUUCAUUCAAAACAACAUCAAGGCAGUUACUGAGAGCAAGAAAUUCUAUGGCUUACCCCAAAUACCAGUUGAAAUAACAGGGGCUGAUCAAGAUCUAUUAGAAUCCAGUAAUGAAAAACACAUGUUUGAGUUAGUUCUGGCUUGGGCAAGAGAAAAUGUUGACCCAAACAAACCAAGAAUUGAAGAUUUAACAGAACAGGUUAAUGUAUUGAAUUUAAAUACAGACAACAGUUUAACAGAUUUCAAAGAUGUCAGCGAUGAAGUGGUCAAAGAUCAGGAUGGUAUUGUGCAGGAUUACAAAAAGAGCAUGAAAAAGAUGAAUAUUCCAAAACCAAAAGAUGGAACAGAGAAGCACAUAACAAAUGGCAGCAUUGGACAGGUCAGGAAAUUCAGUAUCAACCCUACUGGACCUGUAUCCAGGAAGGAAUGGAGUAUCAUUGCUACUCAUCAAAUAAAAGAUAAAUCCUGCAUGGCUCUUGCUAUGUUGAAUGGUGUGAUGGCAGCUAUUUCUAUUCACUACCGAGCUCCGACUGCUCCCAGUGGCACUAACACUCCAGAUGAACCGGACUCACCCCCCAACAGCAUUGUGGCUCCCACCAAAUUCUUUGACAGCAAGUCUUCUUUAACUCCACUGGCAGUGAUGAGUACAGCACGCUGUGCUUUUGGAUUGGAGGUCUUAAAUGGGCAGCUAGUAGCAUGUGGUGGAUAUGACCGAUCUGAAUGUCUUAAAACAUCAGAGACGUUUGAUUCAAACAGCAACAAAUGGAUUCCACUAGCGAACAUGGGGGUCCAGCGAGGACGUUUCAGUGUGGCCUCAGUUGGAGGUUUUAUUUAUGCAGUUGGUGGAUCAGAUGGCUUUAGGGAGCAGAGAGAAUUGGAAUAUUACGACCCCAACCAAAAAAUAUGGAUCACUCGUGGAGAAGCCCGAAAUGCCAAAGUGUCUCAAGGAUUGGCAUCACUUGAUGAAAAACUGUACUGUAUUGGAGGAUGCCUGGGACAGAAGAGUUCCAAUGAGUGUCAUGUGUAUGACCCCCAAACUAAUGAAUGGGAAACCAUAGCUCCAUUGAAUACAGCACGAUAUCAGGCAGCUGUUUGUACUUAUAUGGGCAGAAUCUAUGUGAUCGGUGGCACUGAUUCAUGGAUCUGCCUCAACUCUGUGGAAAUCUAUGACCCAGAACUGAAGAAGUGGCAGUUUGGACCCCAGCUAAAUGUAGCACGUCGAGGGGCAGGUUGUGAUGUAUUCAAUGGCACUGUGUACUUGACUGGUGGAAGUGAUGGUUCCCAGUCUCUGAAGUCCACCGAGAUCCUGACCCCAGACAGGGGCUGGGUAAUGGGCCCCUCCCUCAGCAUUCCCCGGGCCAAUGUGGGGGUGGUCACCUGUGGUAAUCGCUUCUUUGCUGUGGGAGGUUUCAGCGGCAAGAAGUUCUUGGACAGCAUGGAGUUUCUUUCUGAUAUUCACGGAGAAUGGUGCUGCUAUCUCCCAGUGGAGAAUUCAGUCAUUGCUGAAAAAAUGGCAAAACGAAACUCAGGGACAAGUUUACAGAAUUUGGAUCAAAAUGACAACUGCGAGAAGACCCCGGCCAUCAUUCCACAGGAAGGCGUUAAUGGUCAUUAGUCAGACUUGUAUUUUUCUAUCCGACUGAGGCUUUGUACUUAUGAAUCUGAAAGAGAAUAAUGAAAUAUGUUCAAAUUAUAUUUAUAUAUCAUUUUUAAGCCUAUGUAAAGAAAUUCAUUAAACAUGUUGCCUAUUUUUAAGUAGGUUUAAAUUGUUGGUUAGAAAUAAAUGAAUGUACAUGUAUAUAUAUUUAGAUCUUCACUAUUGUAAACCAUUUGUUAUUCACAGAUGCACUUUGGAAUGGCCAUUUUGUAUAUUGGGCAUUUUUUCAUUUGAACUUUAUGUUUUUGCUUGUGAAUAAAACUUGGUUUGUAGUACUUUGAUAAAAUUUCUGUGUUUACAGAUGUUGGUUAGUUAUGUACAAUUGUACAUGAAAUAUGUGAAAAUAAAUAUAAGUCAUAAAGUGAUAAGAAAAUGUAAUUUAUACAUGAAAAUGUAAUAAAAGAAAUAAACCAAGCUACAAUUGUGAUAUAAAUAUACAUGUACCAUAAAACGUUCUUACCUAGUACAUGUACAUGAAUUAAAUGAAUUAUUGUUAAUGCUCUCAGCAAAAUCAUUGUUGCAACUCCUGUUGAGUUUAACUCAAAUAUGAGAAAAGCCUGUAUUUACAGUUUUAAAACCUUGAAUUCGUUCAACACAAGUACCAAACCAAUGUUUGUUCUCAUGGUUGUUUCUUUAUAAUUGUGAUGUUUACUGAUUUGUAAUGUUGCUACAAUGUCAGGGAUUUAUUUCAUGUGUAAUCUGUAUAUCUAAGGAGUUUGUUGAUUUGAAGCAAAAUUCCAUUAAUGGAGACUUUAAUCAAAUUUUGAUAAUGCUCAGGCUCUUGUAAAUCAUAGAAAUUAAGGAAACCAUUAUCUGAAUGUUAGUACAGUGUGUACAUUUAUUUCCUUCCCAGAUUUUGUAAUAUCAAUAAAGAGGAGAAUUACUAUAUCUGUUUGAUCCUGCCAUUUUAUCAGAGUAAACUGCUUUAAUGAUUUACAUGUACAUAGUAUUUAGAUAUUUUUAAUCUUUGUGGUGGGAUUUGAUCCUGUAACUGUUUUUGUUUUGCCUAAGGAGUGAAUGAAAUUUCGGUAUGUUUUUUUUUGUGCAAGUGACAAGAGUGCUUCUAAAUUGGUUUAUAAGCUUUAGACUUAAGUGCUUCUUCACAUUCAGUACUAGUUACAACUGUUUGAAAUAUGUUGAAGAGAAUUGAGAUUGAUUUCUGACAUAAAGUAUUUGAUGAUUUGUAUACUUCCUACAUAAUGUAUUUGAUGUCCUUUCUUCUUGUAUAAAGGUUUAAUUGCAUGGAAUCCAUAAAGGCCUAGAUCUGCUUUCAUCUUGUCAUACAUAUUUAGAAAGUAGAAAUCAAAAGAACGAUUUACCAUCUCGCUAUCCUCAUCUUUUUAUCUAUUUUAUAUACAUGCGUUUUUGUAUUUUUCUUCCUCAAGAAUUUUUGUUCUUCUGAUUUACACUAACUUCAUUCCUGAAAAAGAUUUAUCAGUAUGAAUCAAACUGUAGAAUAAAAUAUCUGAUUUAAAA